AUGGCCCGGCGGAGCGCGCUCUCCAUCCGCAUCGUGGAGGGCAGGAACCUGCCCGCCAAGGACAUCACGGGGAGCAGCGACCCAUACUGCAUCGUGAAGAUCGACAAUGAAGCCAUCAUCAGGACUGCCACGGUGUGGAAGACGCUGUCCCCGUUCUGGGGGGAGGAAUACGAGGUGCAGCUCCAGCCCAACUUUCACAGCAUCUCCAUCUACGUCAUGGAUGAGGAUGCGCUCAGCCGCGAUGAUGUUAUCGGGAAGGUCUGCAUCACCCGGGACAUGCUGGCGGAGCACCCCAAGGGUAGGGGGACGGGUGGCGGCAGGGUCCCAGCAGGGACCCGUCUCCCACCCCUGCCACGAGCCGGUCCCAAAGGUCCCCCCAGUGACACCCCCCCCAUGAGGGUGCCAUCUUUUCCCGCAGGCUACAGCGGCUGGAUGAGCCUCAGCGAGGUGGACCCCGACGAGGAGGUGCAGGGGGAGAUCCACCUGCGGGUGGAGGUCCUGGGGAGCCCGGGCAGCCGGCGGCUGCUGUGCUGCACCGUGCUGGAAGCCAGGGAUUUGGCCAGGAAGGACCGGAACGGCGCCUCCGACCCCUUUGUCCGCCUGCGCUACAACGGGAAGGUGCAGGAGAGCACCGUGGUCAAGAAAUCCUGCUACCCCCGCUGGAACGAGACCUUUGAGUUCGAGCUGGCUGAGCCCGCCGGGGAGAAGCUGUGCGUGGAGGUGUGGGACUGGGACCUCGUCGGCAGGAACGACUUCCUGGGCAAGGUGAGCCCCAAACCUCGUCACCGCUGCCGGGGGGGGUCUGCCCGGCUGCCUGCCCGACCCCCUCCUGCCAUCCCCUCCCAGGUGGUGUUCAGCAUCCAGGGGCUGGAGGCGACCGGGCAGGAGGAGGGCUGGUUCGGGCUGCGGCCAGACAAGUCCAAGCCGAGGGAGGACGAGCACCAAGGCAGCCUGGGCUCGCUGCAGCUGCAGGUGAGGCUGCGGGACGAGACGGUGCUGCCUUCCCACUGCUACCAGCCCCUGGUCCAGCUCCUGUGCCAGGAGGUGAAGUUGGGGCGCCAGGACGGCCAAGUGCACCUGGUCACCCUCCUGGAUGAAACUACCACGGCCGAGUGCCGGCAGGAGGUCGCCAUCAACUUGGUCAAACUCUUCCUGGGCCAAGGGCUGGUCAAGGAGUUCCUGGACCUGCUCUUCGAGCUGGAGCUGGCCAAGCCCUGCGAGCCCAACACUUUGUUCCGGAGCAACUCCCUGGCCUCGAAGUCGAUGGAGUCCUUCCUCAAGGUGACGGGGAUGCCGUACCUGCACGCCGUCCUGGGACCCACCAUCACCCGCGUGUUCGAGGAGAAGAAGUACGUGGAGCUGGACCCCGGCAAGGUGGAGAUCAAAGACGUCGGGUGCUCGGGGCUGCACCGGGUGCAGACGGAGGGCGAGGUGAUCGAGCAGGGCCGCCAGCACCUCCAGUCCUACCUGGGCGAGCUGCUGGACGCCAUCAUCAAGUCGGCCCCCGCGUGUCCCCCCGUCAUCCGCGCCGCUUUCCAGCAGCUCUUCCGGCGCGUCGGGGAGCGAUUCCCCCAGCACCAGCACGUCAAGUUCGUGGCUGUCACCAGCUUCCUCUGCCUCCGCUUCUUCUCGCCGGCCAUCAUGACCCCCAAGCUCUUUCACCUGCGGGAGACGCACGCCGACGCGCGCACCAGCCGCACGCUGCUGCUCCUGGCCAAGGCUGUCCAGAUGGUGGGCAACAUGGAGCCGGCAGCCGGGCGGGCCAAGGAGACCUGGCUGGCACCGCUGCUGCCCGCCCUGCAGCAGGGCAUCGCCCAGAUGAAGGACUUCAUCUCCCGGCUGGUGGGGACGGAGGAAGAGGAGGAGGAAGGUGAGGGAGGACUGCUGGGCCCCCCCGCCGUGGUGGUGAAGGAGGGGCCGCUCUUCGUCCACAAGACGCGGGGCAAGGGGCCGCUGCUGGCCGCCGCCAAGAAGCUCCACUUCUGCCUCACCGGGGAGGCCCUCAGCUUCGGCAAGAGCCCCGGCGCGGAGCGUAGCGGCGCCAUCGCCCUGGCCGACAUCCUCGCUGCCGAGAAGGUGGAGGAGAAGAGCUUCGGGAGCUCCCACGUCAUGCAGGUGGUCUACGUGGGCGCGGGUGGGCAGCAGGAGACGGCCUACCUCCAGUGCAAGUGCGUCAACGAGCUGAACCAGUGGCUGUCGGCCCUGCGCAAGGUCUGCGUCAACAACCCCCGCGUGCUCCGUGCCUACCACCCCGGCGUCUUCCGCGGGGACAAGUGGAGCUGCUGUCACCAAAAGGAGAGGACAGGGCUGGGGUGCGACCGGACCCGGCACGGCGUCACCCUGCAGGACUGGAGUGACCCCCUGGACCCCGCGGCGGAGGCGCAGCGACUCUUCCACCACCUCCAGGGGCUCCGAGGGACCCUCCGGGAAAAGUACUGGGAGCUGCUGGAGCCAGAGGGUGCCCCAAAUGGCGCCCGGGAUGAAGGCACCCCCCUGCCCGAGGGGCUGAGCCGGCUCUUCGGGGUGCUGGGGGACCUGGAGGGCUGCCACCGCCUGGCGCAGCCCCCGGCCCCCCCCACCCCUGCCCUGCUGCAGCUGCAGACGUGA